AUGAAUUAUAGCAACAAUGCUAGAAGGUUGAGACUUGGGAUAGGAGACGCCGAAUCAGUUACACAUUAUUUUCAUAAAAUGCAACAACAAAAUUCAAACUUUUAUACGGCAAUUAACCUUGAUGAAGAUGGUCGCAUGCGCAACUUGUUCUGGGCGGAUGCAAGGAGUAGGGCGGCUUACAAAGCAUUUGGGGAUGUUGUCUCUUUUGACACAACCUAUUUGACAAACAAAUAUGACAUGCCAUUUGCUCUGUUUGUAGGAGUUAAUCACCAUGGACAGUCAAUUUUGUUCGGUUAUGGGUUGUUUAGUAAAAAGAACACGGAGACUUUUGUUUGGCUAUUCAAAGAAUGGUUAAGUUGCAUGUCAGAUGCUCCCCCAAAAGCGAUAAUAACUGACCAGUGCAGAGCUAUGCAAAAUGCCAUAGAAAUUGUCUUCCCACAGGCUCGGCAUCGUUGGUGUUUAUGGCAUAUUAUGAAGAAAAUUUCCGAGAAAUUGAGAGGAUAUUCGCAAUAUGAGUCCAUUAAGGUUGCUUUCAGUAAUGCAGUUUAUGAUUCAUUCACAAAAGAUGAAUUUGAGGAAUACUGGGAAGCAAUGAUUGAAAAUUUCAAUUUGAAUGAUAACGAGUGGUUGGGGGUAUUACACCGUGAGCGACACAGGUGGAUUUCUACCUAUGUUAAAGACAUAUUUUGGAUUGGCAUGUCAACUACACAACGAAGUGAGAGUAUGAAUGCAUUCUUUGAUGGAUAUUUGAGAAGUAAGGUAGAGAAGGAGACAAAAGCAGAUUUUAAGUCUCGUAACAAAUUGUAUGAUUGCUUAACGGUGUAUCGUUUUGAGAAGCAAUUUCGUGCAGCUUACACUAAUUCCAAAUUUAAAGAAGUUCAACUAGAAAUGAAGCGUCUAGUGUAUUGUCGUGCAAAUCUUAUCAAACAGGAGGGACCAAUUUGUACCUAUCAUGUGAGGGAUGCUAUUGUUGUGGGUGAGGGGAUGAAGAAAGUGGAAUUUGUUGUGUACUUUAAUUCAACUAAAUGUGAGCUCCAAUGUAUGUGCCGAUUGUUUGAGUUUAGAGGUAUUAUGUGUGCACAUUCACUUUCUGUGCUCAUUGAGAGAUCCAUAUAUGAGGUGCCAACUAAAUACAUUGUUUCGAGAUGGAGAAAAGACUUAGAAAGAGGCUACACAUGCAUUCCAACCACGUAUACUAACUUUGGCUCUUCUCUACAUCCAAAGUUGCAUGAUAACUAUCACAACACGUUGGAUGAAAUCCUAGAUUUUGCUACCAAUGAUGAUGCUAAACACAAAGUGAUUCAACUUAGGUUGAUGAAAAUGAAAGAUGAAGUGAGAACAGUUCAAUCAAGUAGUGCGAGUAAUGUGCCAUGUACUAGUACUUUACUACCUUCAAGUAGUACUUUACCACCUUCCCAUACUUCACCAAAAAGUCCGCCUCGUAUCAAUACUACAAAAGAAAGCAUGACUCGCAAGGUGCCGCCAAGUCAACAUUACUAUCGUCCUUCUAUGGAUGCCAUAGCAGACUCUUUCCUUGUACCGGCACCAAUUGCCACAAGUGGGGACGACAUUGGGAGCACAUCUCACCAAGAAGCUGGAAUGGUCAACAAUAUUAGCAGUGAAAGAUCGAUAGUACCGUCAUAUUUUGUUGACUUGAACAUCGACGGGGAUCCGAAUUUCAGGAUGCUGUCAUCACUGGUGCAACUAGUCCAUUGUAGUGUUGAUGAGCAGUGGCAUUUUGCUGGGCAGUGUUGGGAGUUUCAAUUAAGUCAGCUGUUCAUGGGUGCUCUGUUUGGCCAUUGUAGCAUCCUGAAUUGGAGAUGGCUACUGCUGCUACUGAUGGAUUGGUGUUCAAUCUGUUCUGUGAAGUGUGUUCUAUCUGCUUCUGUAUUCUGCAGCCCAAAGUGUCCUGCAUCUGAACAGAAUUUGCUGGUUUUGGCUUUCAAUGGUGGCAUAAAUGCUUGGAAUCAUCAGUGUGUUGUGCUGUUGCUUUCAAUGGUGGCAUAUGGGUUGAUCUGA